CCGUCUGUCAUAAUCGGAAGUUGAAGAUACACUUGCACUGGACAAGUUUUCCAACUCAAUUGAAGCCUUUUCGCCAGUUUUCAGUCGAAACGCAUGACUUAUGGCUGAGAUUGAUUCUUCGAAUUUCAUUUUUGCGUUCUGAAAUUGUAGUACUCUUGCAAGAUUCUUGCUGAUUGUUCAAUGUUGAUAAUCAACUAGCAUACUAUCAUGAAUUCUGCAAUCUGAUUGGCUAACGUAGUCCCUAUUCAGCUCUAUCUAUUUCGUGAGAGAAAGUGAGAAGCGAGCCGACGCUUUGAACAAAAACAAGACAACGGCAACUUCUCUGACAAAUUGUUUAGGAUUUUCUGACGAAAAAGUAGACAAACUAAAAAGUGAUGCGCCGCCAUAAAAAUAAUACGGAAUUAACAUUUUAAAAGGAAAGAAAUACAAACUUAGUUGUUUAUUUAAGACAAACAAUCGAUCCUUUCGGGAAUACAAUUCAAAGGCUUGUUUUCAUGUAUUUUCAUCAAACCUUGGUACAUGCCGUAUGCCAGUUCGCUCAUACUAUAGGAAAAUUCAUUACCUGACGAGGGAAUUCCACGUUAAAUUGCACGCGAAAACCGAUAUCGCACGAAUCGCACGAAUCGCGAAGCGAUGAGUGCGAUAUCGGUUUUCAAGUGCAAUUUAACGUGGAAUUCUCGAGUCAGGUAAUGAAUUUUCCUUGAAUCGCAUAAUUGAAUAAAAAUCAGAAGAAAAAAAAAGAAAACAGCAAUAAUAUCUAUUGUUUGUUUUUAUCCUGAGCGCGCGCUCCAGAAAGCCAUUUCAAAGUCAACUGUCAGAACUGUCAUUGCGUUAGCGAAUAGGAAGCAAGGUCAGUCGUACACGUUUGAACCUUCGACAACUUUUUUUGUACCUUGUGCUUGUUUUCACAUUUGUUUUCAAACUUUUUUACAUGUAAACAAGCUUCACACUAAUCGUAAGGAUAAAUAGAGGUAUUUUACUGAAUUUAGAAGCCGUUUAUGUAGAACGUCUUUUUUCAAAUUGGUCAUUUGCUCGAGAAGGAAAAUAAUUUACACCUUUUACCUCUUCGGCGGCAAAACUGAAAGAAAUCAAGUGUCCAAGCGAAAGCACUGAAAGUUUAACAUGUUUAACGUCGCGAUUGACAUAAGGUAAGUACCUUGAAAUGUUUUAGAAAUGCUGUUCAAGUUCAGCUCUGUUUUGUACUUUUCUAAGUACCACGAUUCAGGACGAUUGCAAGCGCGGCGUACUCUUUUUCGUGUUUUCAGGGGUCAUGUCCUCUUUGAAGGUAUUUAUUUCUUCUUCUGUAUAUGGGACAAUCGACCCCGGCACUUCCUCCGUUGUCGCUUCUCCGUUUUGUUUGGUUGAACUUUGGAUUGCCAUUUUCUGGGCCGUGUUCACAGGAUUUUCUUGUUUUCUGGUUGUCGCGAGUGAAAGAGGUUUGAUGUCUCUUCGAGAAUCUGUAGUUCAGUUCAAAACAAGGAAGAACCUCCGGCUCACUUUAAAAAACGCUUUUGUUUGUUUUUAACUCUUCAAAAAGUGACAAUGAAUGGUUUUGAAAACAUUUUAAAAUGACAUUGUAGAAAACCUUUUUUGCAUGUUGUUGUGUUAGAAUUUGACGAUAGUUGUUACGUAGAUGCGAAACAAUAUCGCUUAGCCUCGUUUUCAACUCGCAAUUCCACACUAAAUACCUCGCUUCGUUAACCAAUCAGAAUGCGAGAUUUUACUUAAUUAUGCGAUUCUAAACUGAAUCAGUUAGAAUACUUCUCCUCGUGUCCAACGGCGCAACUCAGCGCUACGCGCCUCGCUGACUAUUUAAGGAUAGGGACCUUAAGCAAAGACGACGACGACAAUGAAUUUGCGUCCUUUCAAACUUUAUCGCGUCUAUUUGGAACCGCUCAAUUCGACAAAUGUAGGCGACUUUUCCUGGAGUUGAAUUCUUAAGGGCUUUAUCCAUGUUGAAAUAGAGAAAGAAAAAUUUGUCGUAGUAUGUCCACGUCCUCCAUAUAACGUCGCAUUGGGAGGUUUUACGUCGUAGUCGUGCAGUGGACGUCAAAGAAAUGUACUAAAAAGCGUGAUGCACGUGCAGAGCUAUUGUUUUGGUCAUGACGUUGUUGUCUUCGUCGUUGUCGUAGUUGCUGAAGGUCCCAAAUUAUUUCUCGAGCCCGAAUGGGACUGUUGACUCAGAGGCUUUGAGGGCGGGGGGAAUAAUUGUUUUAGUCAACUAGUUGGUCAAAAUUAUCGAGAUAAAACAACUUAAGCUAGCAAAACGCGAUUCAGCCGCCAUUGUUUUGGUUUUCAAGCCGGCGCUUUUCGCUACGAGUGGGCUAUAACAUAUAGCCUUGUGGUAGCUCAACCAAUCAGAACGCAGCAUUGCUAAUAGACCACUAGCUGGAAUUUACUAAUAAGCCAUAGAAACUCGAACGCGUAGGCCCUUGCGGCUAGUCAUCCACGUGGUACAAAACCACCAUGCUGGAGAACAAGGGACGACUGGGACAAGACAAACAAAGGAAUUUACCAUUCGCCAUACGAUGGGAUGCACUGGGACAGAGGAAACAAAAAGGUCACAUCAUUCGCCAUUUUCACAUAGACCAUAAUGCACCUUGUUUACUCCCCGCCAUAAAAUAAAUUGCAUAACUAUUGUUUCUAAUUUAUCCUGGGUAUUAGAGUCGUCCCUAGAGAAGUCGAAGACAAUGGUUAUGCAUUUUUUUGGUGGGGGGGGGGGGGGGGGGGGGGGAAACGAGGUGCAUUAUGGUCUCUGUGAAAAUGGCGAAUGGUGUUUCGUCUGUCCCAGUGCGUGCAUUUUUCUCCAGCAUGCGGUUUUGUACCACUUGAAUGACCAGCUGCACUGAAAGGACCUAUUGUUGAUUAAUCAGGGAACGAAAACUAAGAAUUAAACUUGAUUAAUGUAAUUUUACAGAAUUUAACACUGGAUUAAGCCUGAAAUGGCAGCAAUACAAGGCAAUGCUGUUAAAACGUUUCCUGAAUGCUAGACGAGAGAAGAGACUGGUUUUAACCCAGCUGAUACUACCUCUGUUGAUGGUUUGCUUGGCAUUACUGCUUAUAAAGACACUACAGGAACCAAUGCAGAAUGAACCUCCACGCAUACUGAACUUAUCCAAUUUGAGCAUUAAAGGGGCUCCCAACACUGGCUUCUACGCUGACUUCCGUCCUGGCAUUAAGAACGAACUUUUUGACGUGAGUUGCGUGCAUGACUUUUUUAAAGCAGGGUUAAGAUAACCCGGGAUUAGUGCGAAAUUUGAAUUCAGAUAUGAAAGCUUAAAAAGCAAAUUCAGUUUUAUUCUUUUUGCGUACUAUUCGAUGAUUGGAUGCUCUAAAAAGAAUAGAGAAAAUUAUCGGGAAAAUGCUUUUGAAAAAAAGAAAAAGAAACCCAGGUUAAAAUUUAACCGUGGGUUAGCGCUACUCGGCUUUCGAACAACUGGGCCCUGUUGAAUAAUAGAGGCUAACGUGACUCCGUUAAAAUGUUUAUUUUCAGGUGGCUUCUAAACACUUAAAGGACGUAAAAGUAACCUUGAAAGACAUUAAAUCAGACCUUCAAAAAAUACAGAGUGGCAACCAAGGAAACAAUAUAUUGGUGAAGGGGGAAAAGUUUCUGUAUAAGGACGAUGAAAAGGACGUAUGCUGUAAUUACGAAUUUCUGGUCCUGAAUGCCAAGUGCAAGAAAGCUGUAAGUUGCUGCCAAUCCUCAGUUUGCAACUACUUGAUGACAGGGCCAACGUGAUGCGAGUGGUUAGCAAAACUAUAGAGACCUUUAGUUUGGAGGAAGAGGUCAUACUUUUUUCACCAGAGUAGCACGGUUGUUAUUAUUAAUGGAGUUUAAACCCUGACUUGAUCGCAAAAUGAUUGAUCUCCCUCUCGUAGUGAAGUCGUCACUAAGGUCUCUGAUACAUUUUUUCGUAGAGUUUUUUCAAAGCAAAGGGAAACACUCUUGUUUUUGUCAACAAACAUGACCUUCACAUGUCUGCUGGAAUCCAAAAAAUCCUGAAAAUAAAACUACAAUCGCACUUUGCUCCCUUACCUCAGUCUCAAAGCAUAGAAUGUAGAACCACCGUAAUUAUGUGGCACUCAGCUGAAAUCUGCAUUAAAGAAGGAUUUAACUUUCUCCAUUUUUCCUUUGAAGUUCACAUCAGGAAAAUUGACUGCUGCAUCUUGCAAACAAAAAAAGUUUGGUUACAAUCACUGUCCUGAUUGUAUGAAAGAGGGCAGAAGGUAAUAAUAAUAAGUAAAUACCAGUAGCAAUGUUUAUCGCUCUCCUCGAAACACGCCAUAGCAGUCGGUUGAUCAAAACACGUUUCGCAUUUACUGAUAUUUAACCCUUUAAUCCCUAAGAGUGAUCAGCAUCAAAUUUCUCCUUGUAAUGGCAGUGCUUUGUAAAACAGACUGGUCAUGAGAAUUAAGGACAUGAUCACACAAGAUGUAUUUGCUUGAUAUUUUAUCAACUUCUCCCCACUAUUCCUAUAGUAAAUGAAUAGGGGCGACAAAGGAGAAUUUUGAUUUUGAUCGUAGGUUUAAAGGGUUAAUUGAGCUUCGAAACGUCAUGGUAAGUCAAAUUCAAGGAAAGAAUAACUAGAGGGAGCUUACAUCGGGGGGAGGGGGGGUGGUGUGGUGCGUGUGGACGCGUAUUUUUUCAGAAACGGAGGACAAAAUUCUCCUUUUUCAAAAAUACCCCGAUACGUGUGGACAAGGCCUAAACCUACUGGUUUUUUUUUGCCGUUUUCGCUGUCUUCGCCGUCGUGAUUGCUUAAGCUCCCUAUAACACCAUUUUUCCGUUUUCCUUUCAGCUCGUCCUAUGAAUGCACAAACAUUGGAAUUGGUGAGACGAAAGUGAACGAUUCGAUGACAUUCUAUAAUGAAUAUGUGUUGGAAGAAAGUAAUGCUGCUGAUUAUUUUAACACACAUGUUAUGGGUUUUAGCUUUGAGUCACGUGACGAUAACUCGACUGGUGAUCUUGAAAGUAUUAACGCGACAGUGUGGUAUAGCUUUAAGGUGGGUAGGAUAGACAGGACACGUUAUGAAGUUUACACAAUGCAGUAUUCCUUAUCGCUCACAUGACGUUAUGUCCGCCAUAUUGUUUCUUUCAGUAAAAUUACUGGGUUUCCCGUAUCGUUACGUUAACAGAAUAAUGCGUUGUGUAAACCUCACAAGUUAUCCAAUCUGGCUUCAGCCAAUGUUAUCUAAUGCUAACCGUCCCAAGGCAAUGAAACGGUGGCCAUGUUGGUGUUCCAAAGCACGCUCCUGCGGGAGUUGAGCCUUUUUGUUAUGAAAAAACAUUUUGGUGGAAAGAAGUUUGCGUAGGUGCUGGCUACGUGAGUGAAAACCCUGUACAGUAUACAACAGCGAUGAGGAGUACUACAUUGUUUGGGCUGAUGCACCAUAUGUCACAAAGAACACAACAAUGAUCCCUAGCCCUUACACAAUAACGCAAUACACUUCACACAAUAGAACGAUACAAUAGUGCAUAGAUUGACUGGGUGUUACAUCGAGCAUCACCCAUUUGAACUUCAUACGUUGUGCAAGAGAAUUUAUGCCAACGUAAUCUUGACUAAUGCUUAUCUUUUGCGACUUGCAAAUAGUCCUAGCAUGUAAGAAACUGGCUAGAAAAUUUCAAAUUACUCGGAUUUCACAAUUCGUCACACGAUUUAAAAAUGAAAGAAUUAGACAAGGUGUCAUUGCGAAAAUGCCCUGUUGGCGUAUUAGUAUGUGGAUUUGCUGAUGUAUUUUUAAUUACUUAUUUAUUUAUGUGUUUAACUUUGCACGUAUUAUUUUGAUCAGGGCUAUCAUACAAAACCAGAUGCACUGAAUGCUUUGGUGAACGUUCUGUUGGCCUACAGCAAGAAAGAUGACUCAUAUCACAUUGAGACCAUUAACUAUCCUCUGCCACUCAAUUCCAAACAGCGGGUAACUUCCUUAGCAUAAUUGCAGUCUUGAUAAUGAUAGAUAAUACAUAUUUCUUUUUCCCACUUUCUACAUCAUAAUGCCAAAUAGUGAAACUAUAAAAAAAAUAGUCCAGUUUCGAAUUAAAAAUUACCGCUGAAUACAAACAUUUACGACACAUUCAUACAAGGUUAGCCUCGACAUAAAGUAAAAUAUUCGGAAAUUCUGGCAAGUAAUCAUUGUUUGAAAUUUGAAUGUACAAAAUAGACAGAGUAAUAAACAGGUCUUUUUUCGUUGGAAUUUGUAAAUAUACUACUUCAGAUGGUGGCUAAGCCUGUAAAAAUGCGUCUUUACUUCUUCAAUUCAGCGGUCAUAGCGAAAAAGCAGUGUAUUGCAAGGGUAGAAAAAGCCUUACAUUUUAUCCUGUCCAUUCAUCGUAAAAAAUUGAUUUCAAGAAUGGAAUUAAAAUUGCCAUCAGUUUUUCGUCCUUUCUCUGAAUAAUAACAUGUCUUCAGCACUCAAGAGUGUCUUGUUGCCUUGUUAGAAAAAUAUUUUUGUUUUGCCAGCAGGCAUCGUGGGUCACCAGAAAGUCAUUUGUAGUGUACGUUUCCCAUAGGCCUUGUUCACACUUAGCGUAUUAAAAUCGUUUCCCCCGCCCGUCCACACAUAAAAGCGAAAACGAUGGAAACACAAUUGCAUGCUUUACGGGGCAUUUGUUGUAUGAUGAUGACAAAAACGAUAAGCCUGGGUUUUCAAAAAACACCACUCUGAGGACAGUUUUAGAAAACCUGCGUUUUUUAUGCCCGAAAAACGCCGUUUACGUGUGGACGGAAGGCUAAAACGAAAAAAAAAUAUCUCCGUUUUCAAACGUAUCAGGAUACGUGCUUUCUUUAGCAAAUUCCUUCGUGAAUUUUUGUAAUGACCCACUAUGCUAAUCAUGUUAUAAAAUAAUAAUUAAGAUUGUUUGUUACUUGUGCUAAUAACUCAUUCAAGUCCUUUGUGUGUUUUGUUUUCUCCAGAGUGAAAAUAUCUGGGCUGUCAUGAGCUCGUUUUUCCUCGCUCUGCUUUUGGCUUUCGCUGUCGCGUUUCUUGCAGCAAGUUUCGUGCCAUUCUUGGUGAAGGAGAAAAGUUCAAAGGUUUGGUUUACUUUUGUACAUUGAAUGUUUUGGUUCAUUUGCGCACACGUAGAAUGCAAGCAGUAACUUGUUCUCUUCAACGUCACUGGGUUAACACGCGCGAGCUGCGAGCGGCGAAGCCGACGGCGCUAGUAAGUAGGUCGUUUUGGCUUAAAGCUAAACUCGACAGAUCUAAGAGAAAUGGAGAAACGGACUGCAAACAGUCUAUGUGCACAGUUAUCAUGGUCAAAUUCAUUUUGACAAUUACCUUUAUCUAGAGUUCGUAUUAGCGAAGUGCCCACUUGACUAACAAUCACUGCGGUUCCCUUUCUUGUGUUCGUGCAGGCAAAGCAUCUCCAAUUUGUAAGCGGCGUGGACGCCGUCUCCUUUUGGCUGGCCACCUAUUCAUGGGAUCUCAUCAACUACUUAUUUCCACUGCUUGGAAUUAUGAUCUUGUUUGCAGCUUUUCAAGUAGAUUCACUGAAGAAUGAUCUUGGUGCGGUUUUUCUGUUAUUGGUAAUGACAACGCUAUAAUUUAGUCUGGUCCAGGCGUUCAGAUAGUGGAGAAUGGCGCGAAGCGACUUAAGUGAGCAGGAAAAAAGGAGAGAGGGCGAGAGAACGUCGUUCUCUUUCUUCGUCCACUCCCUCUCUACCGUUUACUAUUUCGAGUUACUCUCCACUAUCUGGACGCCAAGAACGGGCUGCUAUAAUUAAAUUUUGAAUAUUCAGGUUUAGCAAACACCCAACCGAAGAACAUUUUUAACCGUUAAUUUUCUAUGCGACUGCACGUGAUUACAGCCAUUAAUUAAUAUUGUGUUAGAUUUUUAAGGGUUCUGUAUGACGUCAUCAUAAUUCAAAAUGGCAGCCCACGGAUAUUUUGGCCAUACCCACACUAAUCCAAACAAGUCUUUAUCCGGGUUCCUGUGGACAAAACCUUUAACCGCUCUGGAGAGCGGUUUCAAAAUGAUGCGGUUUCGGUGUCCGGAUUCACUGGUUUCGUGUGGACCGAAGGUCCGUUCGUGUAAAAAAGUAUGCGGUUUUGAAAAUAUACAGAUUCGUGUGAAAGGGGCGUUUAUCGCGAAAGUUUUCACCGAGACCAUAAUGCACCUUUUUUACACCCCCCCCCGCAAAAAAAAAUGCGUUACCAUUGUCUGUGGUUUAUCUUGGGACGACUACAAUGGCUAUGGUCACAUCAGGUCUACUAAGUAUAGUUAAGACGGGGAUAACUAUAGUUAGCUAUUUCGGUAAUGUGACCGCUUCUCUGUUCGCUCUAACUAUAGUUAGAAAAUGUACGCCUCGGUGACCCAAAACAAUAAAGACUAACUAUAGUUAUACACACGCAGGGUUCGUGGGUUAGUCUUAAACAACCAAUCAGAAUGUGACACUUCUUUUCGCACUUGCGAGGUGAGCAUAUAUAGAUAUGCAAAAUAAAAACCAAGCGUGAAGCGCGGGAGAAACCAAAAACAACAAACAAAAAAUUUACAUAGACUAAUUAGAACUAACUGUUGUUAACUGCUUGGUAUGACCGCAAUGUCGACCGAAAGCACUAACUACAGUUAGGUAUGACAUCACGUAACUAGACACUAACUUAAACUUUAGUUACGUGGUGGAUGUGACCGCAGCAAUAACAAAUUAAAUUGAAAACAAUGGCUUUGUAUGAAUUUUUGGUUUGGUGAGGGGGGGGGAGGGGAAACAAUGUGCAUAAUGCUGUCGGUGAAAGAAGGUUAAACAAUGUGCAUUAUGCUCUAGGUGAAAAUGGUAGUACAUUCAAUUUUCUCUCCAUUAGAAAAAUAGUUACACGUUAAAACUUGUUUCUAUCAAGUUAGCUCCUCUUCUUGACAGUGGAUUUGCCCUAAAAUAAUGCAAUGCACUGCUCAGUACACAAAACUACGUUUCCGUUUUCCUUUAUUUUUUAGCUUCUUUUAGGGUUGUGUAUGCUGCCAUUCGUCUACUUGAUUUCAUUCCUGUUCAAGGGGCCGCUUGCAGCCUAUGCGACGACCGUUUUUGUCCUGUCUGUUGUUAGUAUGGUAAGACCAGUCACCUUUAUAGAUGAUAUAGUUGAACUUACACAACUACACAGGGACUAUCAUUGGUUGAUUCUUGGUCAAGUGACCUUGACAAAAUUCGAAUGCAUCCCGACCGUGAUACAAUUCAGUAAUUGUAACCCGCACAUGAUUUAACGGCAUGCGAUCAAAGUAUGCUGGACAGUUGUGUUACCGAAGGCGGGAAAAACGCCGCCAGUUUCCACGUUUUGGAAUCGAAUGGACACAACAACAUCAUGAAGCCUAGAGCUAAAAAGCACUUAUAUUUUCGAAGUUAUCCAAGAUGAGAUGCAGAGAAUGUUUAGUGGAAAAAUCAGAAGGGACAAACCGACCCUUUGCAAGCACGAGAUUAAGGGCCUGUUUACAAUGAGGUGGGGCACCCCAGGUAGGUGAGGUAACAGGUAGGUGAGAUAACAUGUGGCGGGUUCCCCCACCUUCAUGUAAAAUGGCUUUGUAGGUGGAAAGGACUUCUUCUUAAUGGUUUUACGGCCUUUGAUACAACCAGCGACUACCUCUCCCCGUCGUCAAUAAGGAGAAAUUUUGGUUUUGUGGCGGUAUAACCAUGCUUUUUUUUUCAUUUUAGGCAAUUCUGAUAACAAACAAUAUCCUAACUUUUAACGGCAAGAAAGACGAUGCUGAUAUUGUUCACUACAUCGGUCUGUUCUUUCCGACCUACUCGUAAGUUUGCCUUUUUUCUUACAUAUUUACCUGUUGGUCUUUAUUCAUGUUGCUCGUCUUCUGUAAGACGGAUACCAUGUUUAUUCGAAUAAGCGCCCAUCCUGAAGGCAGAAAAAAGUUAAUAGGCGCCCAGCCUCGAAUGAGCGCCCAGCCCUUCCCCCUCCCACUCAAGCUCAAAUAAGAGAUAAUAAGAUACCCUUCCGAAGACGGAAUUUUUUUUUUUCAAAGUAUUUUACAGAAACCUUACUUUGUUAAAUCUUUGGGUUUUGUUGUUACCAUGUCUUGAAAAAUAUUUUGUUGCAGAAAUAUUUUUUCAACACGAGAUAUAAAAAUGAAAACAAAUAUUUCACUUUAAUUGCUGAAAAGGUGAUAUUUUGGUAAAAAAAUUUCGCGCGAAAGCUCACUUAGUAUUUCCCAAGCUGAAAAUGGUAAAAAUUUAAUCUGAGCGCCCAGCCUCGAAUAAGCGCCCACUCUUAAGGUCUAAACAUUUAAGAAGUGCCCAGGGCGGUUAAUCGAAUAAAUACGGCAUAUCGGAGAGAAGAAGAAGACAAAUGAAGUGUCAAAAUGGCGGCAAAUUUGGACGUCUCCUAAACAAAAAAAAAUAAAAUCUAAAAAAGUUAUGUUGAGUUUAAAUCGCAUGGGUUCUCGUUUUAACACAGGUAGCCCAAGCUCGAAAUAUGACCAUCAGCACUGUUGCGUAACGUUCAAAAUAUAAGGAUUUGUAUGAGAGAAUAAAUAAAUGUUUCUGUAGCCUACGGAUGUGAAAGGAUUUAAAUAAUGAUCCGGGUAAGGUGGAUAGCAAUUUCUCUUGUUAUGCGGCAACGAUGCUUUUAAAGCCAGACCAUGAUCGAGAAAUUUUGAACUUUAGGAAAUGCGAUUUGCAGCGUUUUUGGGCAUUUUAACUUUUUUCGAGUUAAUUUAAGUGAAUUUUAAAAGCAAUAAUCAGAAACAAGCUACAUAAUCUGGGUGACCGUUAACCUCGCCAAUGGUUUUGAUCAGUAUUUGUUCAAAAAAAAUUUGAGUUAACGUACGUAGCCCCUUGAGAUCGAUGAUAUGGUAAUUUUUUCAUAGUAUAUUGACUGAAUUGCUGAAUUCUUUGUAAUAUCAUGAUGCGUUAAAAAUAUCCGAUGAUCGGUUAUGUAAAAUAAAAAUGAUCGGCGAAAUUCAUCAAAAUUUUACCGAGGCGAGUGCCUCGGUUGGCCUCAUACUAGCUACGGCGCUGCACAUAGGAAUGUUCUCAUUUUUACACAGAGAAUGCAUAAACCUUCAUGAAGGCCGUUUACGCAAUAAAAUGCAUUUAUACUCCACUUUGAAAGGGUUUUUUUUUGUGUUAAAAGAUUUUGACCAAUCACAAGAGUUGAAAACAAUAGUCAAGAAAAGUUUACAAUUUUUCAUGUUCCCCACAUAGGAUUUCUUUGUUAUUCAAACUGAGACCAGAUUUUGUUAUAUGGAAGAUGGUUGGAAAGUAAGGAUGAAUAUAUGUACGGCUAUUUGAAGUUUUGUUAACUUUUGCUGUUUAAGCCAAUCAGAAGUAAGUACAGACAAUAGAAAAGUUAGCACCUUUUUUGCAUUCCAACAUGAACGUUGCCGUUGUUGCUAUCGUUCUUAUCUGGACCGUUUCUUAAAUAAAAAUCGGCUAACCUUCUUCUUUCCUGUUUGGUUUCCAAGCCGAUAUAUGGCCAUUUAAUGAGUAUUGCGGGAACCAGUUUGCUCUCUCCAAUGGAAAGGAUUAUAGAGACCUAUAGAAAGGGCAAUUAACCGGUUCCAAUAAACCCCAUUUUUUUAUGGCUAUUUAAAAAUAUUUCCAGCUUGGGCCACUUGCAGUUCAGUUUAACCCUUUCCCUGGCAAAUGUGACCAAAGGCAAAUUUCGAGCAAAUUUCCAAAUUUCAUUAUCUAAAAUUUUGACAAAGAAAUAGCAUCAUGUGAAAGUACAGGCAGAGUGCUUUCAUUUGAAUGGUCACAUCAUAGGAUUUCAUCCGCAGACUCAACAGUUGGAGUCACCUUACAAAACUCUAUCAAACACUCUGGUAGUGAAAGGGUUGAUAAAAACCUAAAAUCUUUAGGUCAGGGCACUAUAAAUUAAGUAAUUAUGAACAUUCUUUGUGUUCGUUUAUUAACAGCCUUUCUGCCAGUAUCAUGGACAUCAGUCAAAACAAUAUGAAUCGAAAACACUGCGAGUAAGUAAACAAUCCCCUGUUCAUUUUUUUUUUUUUGCCUUUGAAUUAAAUUUGUUUGAAAUACAUUCAUUUAAAUAAACCCACUUCUCGAGAUUCAUUUCUAUUAAGUUUGUUUCGUUGGAAGCAAAUUUCACCACCAAGCCUCCUUUUGAAAUUAAAAAUAAACGAAGCUUCACAGAAAUGAAUUCAAGGUAGUAGAGUUGAAAAGAAAUUACGCACAAAAAGUGCAAAUGCAAAAAAUUUUGUUCACAAACGAGGCUUGUUGGUGAAAUUUACUCGUCUGACGUAAUCAUGCAAAGGUUCGAUCCUUUGCACACUCCUGGGAUUUCACUUAGUAAUGGUUCGAUAGGGGAGGGGGUUCUCCUGGGAAUUCUUGGUGACCCUCAAAAAUGCUCGGUUUUCCAAAUCCUGACCCUCAAAAAAUGCCUGGCCUUUUUCACAUCCAUUCUCACAUCUGGCUUUUAAGAAAUUAUGUCAUCAUUAGUUAGAUUAGAACAGCAACAAAAAAUAUUUCUUAAAAUUCAUUUCGAAUUCGCAGAUUUCUCUUUCUUUCUUAUUCGUUUGGAAUGAAACAAUAAAUACGUUCGUGUAUUCCCCUGGUUCCCUUGCAAACCAUAUCCGAUUCCGGACCAAAAUGAACAAAGUCAACUUAAAAACCCGUUUUCAGACCAAAACGGCGCAGAGCCGUGCCCUUUGGGGCGGCACAUACCCAUAUGACUUAUAUAGGGGAGUACCCCCCUCCCCCCGCGGGAGGGGGUUUGCUGUAUGGCAAGCCAUUACAAAGCUUUGAAUGUUAUCAGUCGAAGCCUUCCUAGGUUAAUUUAAACGUCCUUAGGCCUUCUUGUGCAGUCAUUACGGUUAAUUUUCAACGUAAUUGAAAAUAAAAAAAUUCUAAAUUGUAAUUUGUUUACCCGCUAAGCACUAAGGAGUUCUUAAAAACUCGUUUAAACGUGUCCGCGCGUUCCAGAUCGAAUUGGAAUUUGGAAGUAUUGAUUUUUGAGGAGAGGUGAAAACCGGAGUACCUGGAGAAAAACCUCUCGGAACAAAGGAGAGAACCAACAACAAACUCAACCCACAUAUGGCUUCGAUGCCGAGAUUUGAAGGCGGCCACACUGGUGGGAGGCGAGUGCUCUCACCGCCGCGUCACCAUUGCCCCCCUAACUAGCCAGGAAUGGUUCACUGACUCGAUCGCAGUCAAAGCUUUGUGAUUGGAAUGAGCGCUUGGGUGGCGUGCCAUCCAGAGCCGUUGCUAAGUGGUAUCCAAGCACGCGACCAGUUUCUGCAAAUGAAUUAUUGUUACUCUUAUCUUAAAACUGUCAUUGACUCUGCAGACCUGGCCUUCCUUGCACGUCGACAGAAAAUGUUCUUGAUUGGGACCGUCCGGGGGUGGGUCAGGCUACAUUGUACAUGUUCGUGGAGGCGAUUGUUUUGUUCCUAUUCAUUCUUCUUAUUGAGGUAAACAUUUCGCUAGACUUUUCGUCAUGCCCUAUUUUGUCGUGCGAUUGUUAAGUGCGAACACGUUUUUCAAAAGGCUGCCUUCUUGAUUUCGCACGGUGAAAUACUUAUUUCCAGAAAAUAUCCAUAUCCCCCGAAGGCACUUUUGUUUCGACGACCCAACGCGUUGUACUUGUCAUAGCCCAUCACCCCUGAAAUUUCCAUGAUUUUCCCACUUGGUUGGAUAUCCCCUGGAAAGAAUAUUUCUGUCAAAAAUGCCGAUGCACUAUACUUCAAUCUAUGCCAUCUCCUUCCCCUCGCAUAUCGCCGCCUUUUGGACCCCCUUCCCCCCUUCCUCAGAAUUUCCUUUGUCCUUCGUUGGCGUGUAUGGAUAUUUUCUGGAACUACACAAUCUUGGCGAUUGCAAGUAAACCGCGUGCUUCCCCAAUAUUAUGAAGGUUUCCCUUUGGUUGUCAUUUUUAGUAAAAGAUGGUGGCUGUGGGAUUGUGAACAGACUGGUUUUUUUUGCGUGAUUUUUUCGUCAGUGGUCGCGAUGUUUUAAGUUUUUUUAGUAGUUUUGUAGCCUUUUUAUUAUAGCCUUGAUAUAUUGCGCCGUUUCGGCAACUUAAGUAGUUUGGUUUACUUUUUGCUGUCAGAGAGCGUCUGAGAAAUUAUGUUUUCUUUUUAUCCACAUACCUUGUCUAAACUGUUUUUAUUUUUUUUGAAACACUCGAUUUAGCUUUAAUUCUUGGGGUUUGUUGUCUUAUUAAUUUCAUUUAAAUUAACUUUAUUUUUCUCAUGGUUUCUUUCACAGAUGAACUUUUUUAUCGGGGCAAAGGUCAAGAUCUCUCCAGAGCCCCAAAUGAAGAGAAAGGAAGGCGAGGUAUAAUAUAACCUGACUUCAUUUUCAGUGUUUGUAUACGUUUAUAUACCAUGAUCAAUGCUGAAAAAAGCUUUGAAUUGAAGUAUAUAAACUAGUGUUUUUAGGCACUUGACUUUUAUUGUUGUGUAGCUUUCAAAACCUUCGCGGUUUUGACGAUGUGUGUGAUUUCACCAUGGAUACGAUCAACUGAAAAUCAUUUAAUCAAGGAGGGCUAAUUGUGGCUAAAUGUCUUUGUUUUGAUGCUUGUGAUUAACUUUCUCUGUAUUAUUUAAGUUAUUUAAAUACAACUUCUUUGCUAAAUGCUAUUUAUUUUGUUCGACGGAUGAGAACGCAUACAAAUCGCUUAAUCCGCAAAUAAUUUGAAAGUUUGCCCUCGAACUCUACAUACAGUAAAGGACUCAAGUUUAGGAACACAGGGGGUUAUGACGUCAUUUCUACGUACAUGCAGUGCAUGACCCUGACGUACUUCCUCGGCCUCGUCCCCAGUCGCUCGCAAUCACUUUUCGGGGGAUAUUUGAGUUAAUUAUUAAGGAAAGCGGUGACGCUCCAUCACUCUCCGCUCGCGCUCCACGCUCGUUCCCAUCAUUCCCUUCUCGCGCUUCUCGCUUGUCUCUAGCUCUCGCGUGUUCGCCACUGAGCCUUGGGAAAGCGUAUGAAGGAGGCAGGUAUUCCUUAUCCUUAUUUACCACUCGUGUAUUUGUUUGAAUUAUUUAUAUGUUUAAUUUAAAACAGGACGAAGACGUGUUUAAUGAGCGUGUUCGCAUAUUGUCUGACCUAG